GCGGCGGGAUCCCGCCCGGUCCCACCCCCAGCUACAACCCCGAGCAGGAAGGGCUUGUCUCCUGAGCAGCGGCGGAAAGAGACGACUGAGCUGGGAAGGCGGGCGCGGAGCGCUGGCGGGGCCAGGAGGGGCAGCCAUGCUCUUGUCUGGGGGUAGACCCCCGGCGCAGGAAUGGUUCAUGGUGCAGUCAGAAUCAAAAUCUCGGGUGCAGCGGCAGCGGCUCCAGGUCCAGCGCAUCUUCAGGGUCAAGGUGAAUGCCUUCCAGAGCCGCCCCGACACCCCCUACUUCUGGCUGCGGCUGGAGGGGCCUCAGGAGAAUACCGGCAAAGCCAAGGAAUAUCUGAAGGGUCUGUGCAACCCAGAGCUGUGGAAGGAGGUCCGCUAUCCACCGGUCCUGCACUGCGCCUUCCUUGGGGCACAAGGCUUGUUCCUGGACUGCCUCUGCUGGAGUACUCUGGCUUACCUGGUGCCUGGUCCCCCUGGCUCCCUGAUGGUGGGUGGGCUGACUGAGUCUUUCACCAUGACACAGAACUGGCUGGAGGAGCUGGUGGCCCGGCUGCGCUGGGGGUCUGUCCCUAUGGUCACCCCCCGGGGGGGUUGGGAGACAGAGGUGACCCGGGCUUUUGGGGCCCUGGUGUGGAUCCGUGGUGACAAGUAUGCGGGAGACCUGCUGCAGCUUCCCCCCGCGGUCCAGGAGCUGCUCCUCCGCCUGGUCCGAGAUGCCGCUGGCAAGGAAGACAUCAUCGAGUGGCUGGGCCGCUCUGGCAUCUCCAGUACCUGCUCCAUCCCAGAGGUGCUGAUCUCCCCCGCCCAGCAGCAGAAGGAAGGCUCAUCCCUGGUGACCAUAGGAGAGAGCCCUGAACCCUUCCUAGAGAUAGGAACCUUCAAUCAGGCUUCAGAAAAUUCAAAGAGGUUAACUAGUGUGGGAGCGGCUGGAUCCCUGAUGCCAGCCCGGAGCACUGAGCUGGAGACAGAAUGCCAGCUAGUACAGAUCCGUUCCAACAAGCAAGGUGAGGUGAACCGUGCUCAAGAGGAAGGGCCCAUUGUGCAGGUCAUCAGCAGCCAGGUCUCUGCAAAUCCCACACAAGCCCUCUUGCCGCAAAGGCAGGUACAGAGGAUGGAAGAUAGAAGAAUCUCAUUGCAGUCACCAGUGUCGGCUUUGAGUGUGUGUCCAUCCUGGAAGUCCCGGGCCCCGAGGCCAGCCUUUAGGCUGUUGUGGCCAGGGACCAUUGCAGCGACUUUCAGAAAGAUCAAUGAGCUACAUUCCCUUCACCUGGCCUGGCUCCUAUCCCAGGCUUGCUUCAGUUUGCCGUUCUGGCAGAGACCCAUGGGCCCCAUUCAGCUGAGGCUGCCAGGACAGAGUCCUUUGCCCUUAAACCUGGAGUGGAAACCGAAAGAGCUGACUCCUCUUCCCAGUAUAGAAAACCAGCCUUGUAGAGAAGAUGGGGAGCUAGGAAAGGAGACAGCCCUAGAGCAUAACCCGAGGCCAGAGGACCCCCCAGAAGCCGUCUGUUUAUCGGUGGUGCCAGCGGAUCGUGCCAUCAAAGAGGGUGUUAGCUCAGGACUUCCACAAGCAGGGCCAUCCUUGACAUCUAUACCCCAGGAUGCAGUCGAGCAGGAAGAUGAAAGAAGUGCCCCGUCGGAUUGUAGAGGCCUAGAGAAGUUGUCCUCGUCAGCACUGCCCACCGAACAGAGGGGACCCGCAGCUCAAGAGAGGCCAGUGGCUCAAGCGGGGAUGACAGGCCAGUCAGCACCCAAAGCUCCAACCGUGUCUGAAACUCUUGAAACGCCCGUGGCUACAGCAGUGUCCAAAGCUGAACACCCACCCGCCGAGGAAGGGCUGCCUGCUGCUCCCAAAGGGCCUCCUGCCCUAAAGAAGUCAGCAGUGUACGCAGAGCCUCCGGCUCCCACAGUGCCUCCUGCUCCACCAACAUCAGCAGUUCCUGUGGCACCCACUGCCCCAAAACCAACGGAGGGUCAACCAGCAGCUCCUGUGGCGCUCACAGCCCAAAAAGCAGCGGCGGUGGGUCAACCAGCAGCUCCUGCGGCAUCCACAGCCCCCAAAGCAGCAGCGGAUCAUCCAGCAGCUCCUGUGGCGCCCACAGCCCAAAAAGCAGCGGCGGCGGCGGCGGUGGCGGCGGCGGGUCAACCAGCAGCUCCUGCGGCGCCCACAACUCCCCAGACUCCUACAGCUCAGAACAUGCCUUCAGUCAGAACCCCUGCAGGUCCCCAAGCCCCCAAAGUUCAAACUGGAAAUGCUGCUAAAGCAGGUUCUGCGACUCCCAACACACCCUCGACCACCAAAACACCCGGAGCUUCUAAAGCCUCCGGAGCAUCUAAAAAGUCUGCAGCCCAGACGGGGUCCACGGUUGCAGGACCGGCCUCGGAUGCAGUCCAACUCCCGAGUGAGGCCCAGGCUUCAAACAGUAGAGCUGCCACGCCGCCGAAGGGCCAGGGAAAGGCUGGGAGGCAGGCGCUGCAGGCCAGUAGCCCCGUGGCCUCCAGAAAUAAACAUCAAUUCCUGAAGGAAGGAAUUCUUGGGGCUUGGGAGGAAGCCCAGAGGCAGUCACCUCACCACCCACAGGCCAGCAGCACAGUGACCAGCUUCCAGAGGUACCACGAGGCCUUGGACACACCCUUCGAGUUGAACUUGUCCGAGGAGCCUGGGAAUCCGGGGCUGCGGAGAGUGGUCAUCGACGGUAGCAGCGUGGCCAUGGUGCACGGCCUCCAGCACUUCUUCUCUUGUCGGGGCAUCGCCAUGGCGGUGCAGUAUUUCUGGAAUCGAGGACACCGAGAGGUCACCGUGUUUGUGCCCACCUGGCAGCUGAAGAAGACCCGGAGGGUGAGAGAGAGCCACUUUCUGACGCAGCUCCACGCACUCAAGAUGCUUUCAAUCACUCCCUCCCAGCUGGAAAAUGGCAAGAAGAUCACCACCUAUGAUUACAGGUUCAUGGUAAAGCUGGCAGAGGAGACAGACGGAAUCAUCCUCACUAACGAGCAGAUUCACAUCCUAAUGAAUAAUUCCAAGAAAGUGAUGAUCAGAGAUCGCCUGCUGCCCUUCACCUUUGCGGGGAAUCUCUUCAUGGUACCAGAUGACCCCCUGGGCCGUGAUGGCCCCACCUUGGAUGAAUUUCUGAAGAAGCCGAACAGGUUGGACAUGGACAUCGGCAAUUUCUUGAAGGUGUGGAAGACCCUUCCUCCCAGCUCAGCCAGUAUCUCAGAGCUGAGUGACGAUGCUGAUCCUGAGCCGUUGGUGGCUCCCCAGAAUGGGGAAGCCGUCAGGGAGAAGAGGGAGGAAAGCCUGGACGAGGAGCUGAUGGAGGAGCCAGAACUAUCAAAGCCUGAGGAGCAAGAUGACCACGGCUCUUCCCUGGGGUCGGCGUUUGGCGUCGAAUGCCUUGCCUUUCCUGAGGAAAUCCUCCGGUCUCUCAGCCUGCAUGACCCCUCUGAGGGGGCUUUAGACAUUGACCUUCUGCCAGUGGUAUCCUCCCCCUACCUGGAUGUCCCCUGGGAUGGAAAGGCUCCCUCUCAACAAGUUCUCGCCCAGCUUGCUCAGCUCACCAUCCCUAGCAACUUCACCGCCCUGUCUUUUUUUAUGGGCUUUAUGGAUUCCCACCGGGAUGCAAUUCCUGACUAUGAAGCCCUCGUGGGUCCCCUGCACAGCCUCUUCAAGCAGAAGCCAGACUGGCAGUGGAACCAGGAGCACGAGAAGGCCUUCCUGGCCCUGAAACGGGCCUUAGUGUCCGCCCUCUGCCUGUCAACCCCCAACUCCCUUCUGCCCUUCUACCUGGAAGUGACCGUCAGCCAGGUGUCACUGACGGCCAUCCUGCAGCAGGAACACUCUGGAAGGAAGCACUCCAUCGCUUAUACUUCGAAACCUCUCCUCCCCGAUGAGGACAGUGAGGGUCCUCAGUCAGGCGGGGACAGCCCCUAUGCUGUGGCUUGGGCCCUCAAACACUUCUCCCAGUGCAUUGGAGACAACCCAGUGGUUCUGCGUCUUUCCUAUGCCGCCCGGACCACGGCGGACAAUGAGGCGUGGGAAAGCCGUAAGGUUUCCAAAGCCUGGUUGAUUCGCUGGUCUCUCUUGGUGCAGGACAAAGGCAAGCGGGAAUUGGAAUUGGCCCUUCUCCAGGGCCUGCUGGGGGAAAACCAGCUGCUGACACCGGCUGCCUCGAUGCCUCGCGUUUUCCAGCUUCUGCCUCCUUUGACUGACCUGUCUACUUUUAUCUGCAUCCAUAUAUCUGGCUAUUGCUUCUACCGUGACGACGAGCUGUGUGCUGGCUUUGGUCUCUACAUCUUGUCUCCCACCAGCCCCCCGGUCUCGCUCACCUUUUCCUGUUCCCCUUAUACACUCACCUAUGCCCACCUGGCAGCUGUGGCCUGUGGCCUAGAGCGCUUUGGCCAGGCCCACCAGCCGGUGGUUUUCCUCACCCACUGCAACUGGAUCUUCAGCGUCCUCUGGGAGCUCCUGCCACUCUGGAAAGCCCGGGGCUUCCUCUCAUCCGACGGGGCUUCGCUACCUCAUCCAAGCUUGCUCUCCUAUAUUCUGUCUCUCACUUCCGGCUUCUCGUCCCUUCCCUUUAUCUACCGCACCUCUUACCGGGGCUCUCUAUUUGCUGUGACAGUGGAUAAUUUGGCCAAGCAGGGUGCCCAAGGGGGCGGGCAGUGGUGGGAUUUGCCGAAGGAUGUGCCAGCACCCAUGGUGACCCCCCAUACUAAAGGCAGGAAGCCUAACUUGCUGACCUUACAGCUGAGUGACGGCACCUUGGCUGAUGUCAUCACCAAGCUGCAGACGGGGCAGAAAUUGCCCGGGUCGUCGCCGUUCAGUUCCGCCUUUCAUUCCCUCAGCCUCGACAAAGACACUGGCCUGCUUAUGUUCAAGGGGGAAAAACAUCCCAGGGUCUGGGUAGUCCCAAGGCAACUUCGGAGGGAGCUGAUUUUUUCUGUGCAUGACAUCCCCUUGGGGGGGCACCAGAGGCUGGAGGAGACUUACAAGAAGUUGCGGUUGCUGGGAUGGUGGCCUGGGAUCAAGGAGCAUGUGAGGGAUUAUUGCAGAAGCUGUUUGUUUUGCAUUCCCCGUAAUCUCGUAGGUGGUGAGUUGAAAGUAAUUGAGUCUCCGUUGCCUCUCAGGUCAACGGCUCCCUGGUCAAGUCUGCAGAUCGAGGUGGUGGGUCCGGUCACUGCGAGUGAGGAGGGUCAUAAGCACGUGCUCAUUGUGGCAGAUGCCAAUACCCGGUGGGUGGAGGCGUUCCCUCUGAAGCCCUAUACGCACAUGGCUGUGGCCCAGGUGCUACUGCAGCACGUGUUUGCAAGAUGGGGUGUGCCCCUAAGGCUGGAGGCAGCCCAAGGUCCCCAGUUUGCCCGGCAUGUCCUGGUGAGCUGUGGGCUGGCCCUGGGAGCCCAGGUGACCACGCUGAGUAGGGCCCUCCAGUUCCCCUGUUUGAUGAGUUCAGAGGCCUACUGGGAAUUCAAGAGGGCCCUGAAGGAGUUCAUCUUCCUGCAUGGCAAAAAGUGGGCAAGCUCCCUUCCCUUACUGCACCUGGCCUUUAGGGCCUCCACCCCAGAUGCCACCCCAUACCAGGUCCUGACUGGGGAUGAGAUGAGGCUGACGGAGCCCUUGUGGUGGGAGCUGAGCAGUGCAAACAUUGAAGGGCUCAAGAUGGAUGCUUUCUUGCUGCGGCUGAUGCGGGAGCUCUUGGACCUCCACUGGCGGGUGGCGGAAAAAGCGAGUGAAAAAGCUGAGAACAGACGUCUCAAGAGGGAGACCCAGGAGAAGGAGUGGAAUGUGGGUGACCAGGUCCUCUUGUUGUCUCUCCCCAAGAAUGGCAGCAGUGCCAAGUGGGUGGGUCCCUUCUAUAUCGGGGACCGGUUGAGCCUAUCCCUCUACCGGGUGUGGGGUUUCCCGACCCCAGAGAAGCUGGGGUGUGUCUAUCCUAGCAGUCUAAUGAAGGGCUUUGUCAACAGUGACACAGCCCUGCCCCUCAAUGUGCCCCUCAACGACUUGGAGCAGUGAGGUGGCGCUCUCUGCUCCAGGGGUCCUCGGUUUCUGCUGCUAGGGCCUCCCUCUCCUCUAAGAAAUGCUCUUAGCUCUUUGGGGGCCCUCGGUUGUGCCUUUUGUGGAGAAGUUGCUUCAUAAAGCUUUGCUGAAUUACCUUGACCUUGGGAUGAAUGUCCCUAUGGAAACAUCCCCAGCUUAGGGUUUUUGGAAACCUUGCCAAAGGUUGUCAUAUGUGGGCUCUGGCAGUUUUACACUUGGGAGCAGAAAGUCUCCUUACGAAAGUAGGCCAGGCUCACAGUCUUCCCCAAGUGCCGUCUUGUCCCUUCAUACACAUGUAGGCGUAUAUUUGUGUGUGCACCCUUCCCCCCAAUAUCUUAAACCUGGUAUACUUAAUAGUGUGGAUCUGAACUUCACAGUGGGUACCACCGCUCGCUCUCAUGUGAGGGCCUCCUCUUACACUAUGGGUCUGGUGAGCCUUUGCCCUUGGAGUUUUCAGUGGCACAGACACAUGCUGGCAGUGGAGUGGCGGGGGGGGGGGGGGGGGGGGGACAGACACACAGCGGCUCUCCAGUCAGCUUCCUUUGCCUUCUCAGCUGUCAAGAAAGGGUUUUAGCCUUCGUGUGCCUCCAGGACGAUGGCACCUACCUGUGUAAGGGGAAGGGAGGGUGGAAGGGGAUAAGUUGGCCUACCUCAUUUGAUUCCAGUUAAGGGAGACGAUGGCUGCCCCCUGCUGUGAUGGUGAUCACCUCACAGAAAUCGUGGACCUCGGUGCCAAGUGUGGCACCUCUACCAGAAGAGCUGCUUCUAUUAGGUCAAGUGGUGCCCAGGCUUUGCUUCGAGGGGAGGGCAUUGGCGUGGGUAGUUUGACACGUGGCCAGGUGCUGGGUAGCUUUUACCUCUUAUUCUUCUCAUCCCCGCCCCCAAAGCCUACAGCCCUCUCCUGCCUGCAUGGUCCCCAUCUCCUUAGAUGCCUUUGUGUAGAGCUCCCUUAGAGCCAGCCGCGCCGUGGGCGCUCCUGCUGUGGGCGCUCCUGCAGUGGGUGCUCCUGCAAUGGGCGCUCCCGCAGUGGGCGUGGGCCUCUCGUAGACAUGAGUGCUUCUCACCCUUCUGCAUGUCCACACUGCUGAGCUGUCUGUCAGUCUGCAGAGGAAGGCAGCACCAUGCCACUCUGACUCAUUUCUUCAGGAGCCAAUCCAGUUUUCCAGCGCAGCGCAGGUCGCCAGACAGGACAUCACGGAGUGCCGGGUCCAGAGAAGUUGCCAUUGAGUCCAGCUUGUUUCACGGCAGAGGAAUGAGGGCCACAGGGGGAAAUGACUUGUCCAAAGUCAUACAGCUGGGUGGUGGCUGAGGUGGGACCCGGAUGAACCUUCCUGACUUCCAGUUCAUCACGGACAGGAGUUCUAGCAACAGGUUCAAGCGGGAGAAUCCUUCCAGGUUGUGGACCUCCAUUCCCUUGGAUGCCAUUUCCCAACUUUUCUAGAUAAAUGACCUGGAUGCUGUUCUUCAGCCAAUCCAGCUGUCAACCCUGCCCAGGAAGGAAUGUUGGGCGCCGCCCGAGACGCUGGCGGGUUAGCUGUAGAGUUUUUAGCAGGUACUGUAUUUCCUCACCUGGGCCUCUUUUCCCACCUCUUCGUCUAGUGUGCCAGCCUCACUCUCCCACCCCAGGGCUGUAUUCAAACCCCUCUUCCUGUCAAGUACAGUUUUUAUCAUGUGCUCUUUCAAGUGAUUUUCAUUCUAUUUUUCAAUAAAUCAGUUAAAGUGGAA